AUGGGGAAACAAUUACGGGCCCAAAGGGUCUACCAGACUCUCACGCAAGAAAUGGCCAACAAAGUUAUGCCGGCCUAUCGCGUCCAAGAACCGCCCUGGUACAAGGUGCUUGGUGCGGUCUCUCCCUCCGAGCUUUUCACGAGACCGAUCCCUGUCCAGCACGCGCCGCCCAACACACGCGCGAGAAAGCCAAAGAACAUCUACAAACCGCAGAAGAUCGUUUACGAAGAAGACGAGCUCCGGUCCAGGUUUUACAGAGACCACCCCUGGGAGCUGGCACGGCCGAGGAUAAUUCUGGAGCUUGACGGGAAGGAUGCGAUGCGAUGUGACUGGAGCAAGGGCGUACGGCAACCAGGCAUAGCUCUGAGCGGCGAAUGUGCCGUUCAGAGGCAGCUCUGGCUGAUGCAUAACGAGGGCAUGUCCAAGGACCGAGCAUACGACGUGGCAAGGCGGGAAUUCUACGCCCUACGCCAGGAAGAGGAGAUCGAAAAGAGGGUAGCGAGGGAAGAAGCGAGAUAUGUCGGCGCAUACUUUGGGAAGAACAGGCUGGAUAUAUCACAGGUUCUCGAAGGCAAGGAAUUCGAAACCUGGAAGAAGUGGGCAGCGCAGGAGGUGGCCGCUCUGGAGCGCAAUCGCAAUACCCAAUACGCACACUUUGGCGAGGAGGACGAUCCGGCAGACGCGGGGGUGGAGGUGGAAGACGCGGAGAUGGCCGAGUUCUCGCGCUGA